AUGAUCUUUGACCACCUCUUCCAGACCGAGAUCGCCGCUGGAGGAUUCGCCCAAGGCGACUUCCCCUACUCCAGCAUGGGUAAGCAAUAUGCCGAGAAGGGGUUGGCGCACAAGAAGACCAUCCACAGUGACUGGUUGAAAAUCGCAAUGAACCCGGCCGACGAUGCUGAGCGUCAACUACGCGCAGCCACCAAAACCAAGCUGGAUGCCGCAGCUGCGUUGCUCGAAAUCACGCUCAAUGGCUAG